GUCCACCAUCUCUCUCUGUCUGUGGUCUGGUCAGCCCUCUCUCCUCUCCGACGUUUCUCAGCGAAACACCUUAAGAUAGGAACAAACGUAACCUCAAUCUCCCCAAAAAUAAAUAAAUUCAAAGAAAAGAUUGGAACUUUGGGAUUCUCUGUUCUCGUCCUCUGAAUGUUCAUUUAGACAAUGGGGGGAUUCUGACACCCGGUCGGUUAUCCUGUUCAUUCAUAUUACUGGUCCUGAUAAUCCACACGAAUUUCUCCCGCAAUUUUUUAGGGGGCAAGUUUUUCGUUUGAUGAAGAAAUCAAGAGCUGUGGAGUAGCGGUGAAUUGAAAUUUGUCUGUCUGUCUGGCUGUCUGUCGGUGCGUGUGCGUGUUGUGGGAUUGAUUGCUUUUAUGGGCAACACAUGUAGUGGACCUUUUGGAGGGAAAUAUUUUGAGGGUUACGAUCAUCCCCAAGACCAUUCGGUUUCCACUGCUUACACGAAGCGGAACAACUCGGACCGCUCCAACUCCGACUACUCCCCGUCGAGCAUCAACUCCCACCAGCCGGAGUUCGCCCCUAAGAAGGACAGGGAUCAGAUCAGUAAUUUACCGGUUAUAGUCAGUCCUAGGAAGAGGGAAGCGAUCAUGAGGAAGGGUGCUGAGAACCAAUCGUACUUCGUGUUGGGCCACAAGACCCCCAACAUCCGGGACCUCUACGUCCUGGGCCGGAAGUUGGGGCAGGGCCAGUUCGGGACGACUUAUUUGUGCACUGAGAUUUCCACUGGGAACGAGUACGCUUGUAAGUCUAUCUCAAAGAGGAAGCUGAUCUCCAAGGAGGAUGUGGAGGACGUCAGGAGGGAGAUUCAAAUAAUGCACCACUUGGCGGGUCACAAGAAUAUCGUUACGAUCAAGGGCGCGUACGAGGAUUCUUUGUAUGUGCACAUUGUGAUGGAGCUUUGCUCUGGCGGGGAGUUGUUUGAUCGGAUCAUCCAAAGGGGGCAUUACAGCGAGCGGAAGGCUGCUGAGCUGACGAAGAUUAUUGUCGGGGUCGUGCAGGCGUGUCACUCCUUAGGGGUUAUGCAUAGAGAUCUUAAGCCAGAGAAUUUCUUGUUGGUUAAUAAGGAUGAUGAUUUUUCUCUGAAGGCGAUAGACUUUGGGCUAUCUGUGUUUUUCAAGCCGGGACAAAUAUUUACUGACGUGGUUGGUAGUCCAUACUAUGUUGCUCCUGAGGUGCUUUUAAAGCAUUAUGGACCCGAAGCUGAUGUGUGGACAGCCGGAGUCAUACUUUACAUAUUGUUGAGUGGUGUACCACCAUUUUGGGCAGAAACACAGCAAGGAAUAUUUGAUGCCGUGUUGAAGGGAUAUAUAGACUUCGAUUCAGAUCCGUGGCCUGUAAUCUCCGACAGUGCAAAAGAUUUGAUCAGGAAGAUGCUCUGCUCUCAACCCUCAGAACGCUUGACUGCUCAUGAAGUAUUAUGUCAUCCUUGGAUUUGCGAAAAUGGGGUGGCUCCUGAUAGAUCAUUGGAUGCAGCCGUCCUGUCCCGUCUGAAACAGUUCUCCGCAAUGAACAAAUUGAAGAAAAUGGCUUUACGGGUAAUUGCUGAGAGCCUUUCUGAGGAGGAAAUUGCCGGGUUGCGAGAAAUGUUCAAAGCCAUGGAUACCGAUAACAGUGGGGCGAUAACAUUCGAUGAACUGAAAGCAGGUCUGCGAAGAUAUGGCUCCACGAUGAAAGAUACUGAGAUUCGUGAUCUCAUGGAUGCAGCUGAUGUGGACAACAGCGGGACGAUUGAUUACGGAGAAUUUAUUGCUGCGACGAUUCACCUUAAUAAACUGGAACGAGAGGAACAUCUAGUGGCAGCAUUCCGGUACUUUGACAAAGACGGAAGUGGUUACAUUACAGUUGAUGAGCUCCAGCAGGCUUGCUUGGAGCAUAAUAUGACCGAUAUGUUCUUGGAAGAUAUCAUAAGAGAGGUCGACCAAGACAAUGACGGAAGAAUUGAUUACGGGGAAUUUGUUGCCAUGAUGCAAAAGGGUAACGCGGGAAUAGGAAGACGGACCAUGCGGAACAGUCUGAAUAUUAGCAUGAGAGACACUCCCGGCGCUCUUUAAACUCGGAAUCAAGUAAUGUCAGGCUGUAAAACCACCGGAAGAGAAGAUUAAAUUGGGAAGGAUUCGUUCAAUCUCUGCAGGGAACAACAAAUAAUGGGAGGGUAAGUGAAGACUCGGGGCAAUGAUCUCUGGGACUCGAGCUCUCUUCAUGCUGCCAUGCAAUUUUAAGAGAACGCCGACAGCUAUGCGGGAUUUUACAUUGUAAUUAUCUUAUGUCAGCCUCUGAAUUUCUCUCUUCGGAUGAGACCCUGUGAUUGUAUAUUCUUGAAAGGAAAAUGAACUGUUAGAAUUCACUCGAUGUGUAAUAAUGUAAUAUUAUCGGUUUAAUAAACUUCAUUUGGUGCAAUA